GGGGAAAGUACUCGUACAUACAUAAGCGUAUAUUGUGGUAUUCGUCCAUAGAAGACGGCGUCGUCGUUGCGCGGUAUAUACCUACCUCAGAUUGUCGACUACAGUCGAUGAACGUAUUGCAAUAAGACGCAUAACCGGUUGCACUCGCAUCGUGUACUCGAAACUAGUUCGUCUCGUAUAUUUUUUUACAUUAUUAUUUCGGUAUCGAGAAAAAUAGCGUCGUUUUACGAGAUUUUUUACGUUAUUCGGGCGUGUAAACUCGCACCGGUUCGUGAUUGGGUAAUGUGUUCGUCAAAUGCUUCUAAAUACAUUGUAGAAAAAAAUCUUCUACCGUUGUGUACGGUUCGGUUAUAUUGUGCUGGUGACACUAUGUGCUAAAAUUCUCGUCGUCGUCGUCGUAGUCGUCGCGUUGGAGUAGAAUUACCACACACAAAGAUAUAAAAUGUACCAUAAUUUAUCAACGACUAAAUGUAGACCAUCGUGGAAGCAAUGCGCAUUACUGCUAAUAUUAUUGUCACAUGCGGUAUUCGGAUCGCCGGUGGUGCCUUCGGCGGCAUCGUCACCUCUAGAACCAGUUUCACAAACACAUACAUUAGCAGAAAGUAAUCUCAAAGCAUCUUUAGAAGAAGAAGAUGUAUUUGGGCCAAAUUUAGACGAAAGAAGCGAUCGUAAGAAACGACUUCUUUACGAAGCUUUGAAAAAAGCUAAACAAGCUAAACUUCUAACUAUAGGAGCUGCCAGUGCCAAUGCCGCCAAAUCAGUAGGAAAGUCAAUAUUUAAAACCAUAGCCACCCUAGGAAUUAAAGCAAUUAUAUUCAAUUUCUUAUACCAGAAAAUCAAUCAAGUUUUGGACUUCAAAACUCGUCUAUUGAACAAUCUAGAACAAAAGAACCGCGAACAAAACUCGCAAGUCGGCUUAAGCGACUCGAACACAGCCGGAGCAACGGUCAGCACGACGACGGAAAACCCGGACGCAGGAGUUCCAGAAUUCAACCCGGAUAAAGUCUCCCUUCAAGUUCCUGAAACGGUAUUCGCACCAGCCUUCAAUAUCGCCAAUGGCGCUUCUCAAGUUCUCGGAACACUAAUACAGAACACAGCUUUACGAAUCGCUCGUCUAUUCGAUGCGCUGAAACCUCUUCUUAGGAGUUCCAUCGGAUUCAAGUCGAAAAAACGUGAAACAGAAUUCGACUUCACAAACGAUUUCGACGACACCGAUUCGUCCGCCAAGCAGGAAUCCUCCUCAAUCGCCGAAGAAUUCGCUAAAGAAGAAAAAAUUGAAGAAAAAACACCGCUCAAGUCGAGUUAUACGGCUCUGGUAGCAAAUAGUUAAUCGCGUAUAAGGUUUGAAUCAAACCAGCGAUUUCAAAUUGAGCAUUUUUUUUUCUUUUUAUUUUAAACGAGCACUUCGUAUAAGCGAUAUCCCACGUGCCAUAUAUGCUCAAAUUGAGCAAUUUUUUUAUUUUGUAGGAGCUCGUGAGGCAUUUAAUGUAAAAAUGUCAAAAGGGGAUAUAUUGUAUUAUUAUACCUACACGGUUUUUUUUAUCUGUGUCUCGCAAAUUUAUCAUUGUAAAACUUUCAUACUACAUCGUAUUAUGCAAAGGGUCCUAAAGGAGGGGCGGGAGGGGUAUAUUUCACGACGUAUUUCAACAGUAAAUACAUAUAAGUAUAUUAAAGAGUAACGUUGCUCGCGUUCAUUAAUGUAAAAUAUAAGUACGAUAAGUUAAUUUUAUGUAAGCUAGUUAUCUAGUAAGUAUUUACCGGAUGCAUCGUUGCGUAUUGAUUAACUUUUAAGUGUGUUUGUGUUGUAAUUACCUAUCCUAUUCGUCGUUAAAUAAUUUCUUUUCUUCUUAUUUACCUAUUCUUAAUUUGUAUAUGUUACGGAUUCAUUUUUAAAUUAUGUAUUCUUGUUUUAUAGUAUAUGUAGAAAUAAGUGUAUAAGAAGGCUGUGCAUAUAAGCAUGUUUCCAAAUUUGACAGCCUCCUCGUAGUUAAAUGUCGUCGAUGUAUUUUUGAAAUGUACAUACGAGCAUCUGAUUUCAGAAUGUCUUUUUAUUGCCAUUUGGGCAUUUUUUAAUUUUUUAAAUGUACCAAUACCCUUUGAAAUGUACGCAGCAGUGCUAUUUUGGUAACGUAUCGAUGUGUUGAAUAAGUUGCCUAAUCGUUCCCUAAAAUUCAUGUUGAAGUUGAGGUUGAAAACAGCGCAGAUAAACAGAAGUACUGAAGCUUUAAAAAAUGUGCUCCGUAUUUUGAGCGAUUCAAUUUAUCAAAAAAAAAUAAGCUUGAGGCAUUUUCUUCUAUUUUUUUUUUUUUUUUUUUUUUUUUUGAAAAUCAAAACGCAUUUUUUCAAUGUAUUCUUGCCAUUAAUUAAGUAGCCUAAAUAAAAUUAAAAUAUAAUGCUAUUCAGUUUCACCGAAGUUCAAAAAUAGGCUAUUAGAAAAUUCCGACUCAAAAUCUAAAAUAAAAAUUUGUAUCAAAAUUUGAAUUAUUCUCAAAAAUAUAGAAAUUUUACACCAAAUUAUUCAAAAAUGAAAAAGAAACUCCACAUAUUGACAUAUUUCAUUGCAUAAAAAAUGAAUUCAGUACAUUAUCAUCAGUCCAUAUUUUUACGAAGGGUAUAUUCAUAAAUGAUAAAAUACUUGAAAAAAGAAAAGUACAAAAUAAUACAUAGACUUAAUAAUAAGUGCAUUAUAAUAAUUUAUAAGUGUUACCUUAUCAUAAUUACGUACUUUUUAUUAAUAAAACUUGAUUUGUUGUUGAA